CCCUCCACUUCUUCCAAGUUCCACCGGAUUCACUCUGACUCAGACUUUGUAAGAUGUCGAGCUCUCAGUGCUUUGACAACCCGCCGAGCCUGAGCUCAACCUGCGGCGCAGGGACCGUCCAAGAGCUUGGAGGCCUUCAAACCUACGUCACUGGCCCUCCACACUCCAAGCUCGCCAUCCUUCUUAUCUCCGAUGUUUUUGGGUAUGAAGCACCGAAUUUAAGGAAACUUGCGGACAAAGUUGCAGCAGCAGGAUUUUUGGUUGUAGUUCCUGAUUUUUUCUUUGGCGACCCCAUUAUUAAGCUUGAUGACCCUCACUUUGAUACCGAUACAUGGUUCAAAGCUCACAACACGGAUAAAGGACGUGAAGAUGCCAAAGCUGUGAUUGCGGCUCUGAAGAGUAGAGGUGUUUCUGCCAUAGGGGCUGCAGGUUUUUGCUGGGGAGGGAUGGUAGUAGUGAAAUUAGCAAGUUCAACUGACAUGAUUCAGGCUGCAGUUGUGUUGCAUCCUGGUCCGAUCACAGAAGAUGAAAUCGAUGAUGUUAAGGUUCCUAUUGCUAUAUUGGGAGCUGAAAGUGACCAUAUUUUCCCAGCGGAACAGUUGAAAAAGUAUGGAGAGAAGUUGUCUGUAAAAUCUGAGUUGGAUAGCUUUGUGAAAAUAUUUCCUGGCGUGGCUCAUGGAUGGACAGUGAGGUACAAUGUUGAGGAUGAAUCAGCUGUCAAGAGUGCUGAAGAGGCCCAUCUGGACACGUUAAAUUGGUUUACCAAAUAUGUCAAGUAGUGAAAAAUUUCUUCCUCAUGAGGUCAGGAAGGCGAUGUAACUCUAUUGUAUUAAUUGCAUGUAUGCAGAAAACAGCCUCCUUGUUCCACAAA